AUGAGCGCCAUCCUCUCCACCGACGACCUCAACGACUUCAUCGCCCCGGGCGUCGCCUGCAUCAAGCCCGUCGAGACGCUCCCCGCGCUUCCUCCUUCCACCGAUUCCCAGGACGACACGGGCGUCAUCCUCGACGGCGACGCCCGCUCCGCAACCACCACCACCACCGCUCCUCCGGCCGAAAUCUCCCUGACCGACUGCCUCGCGUGCUCCGGCUGCGUCACCUCUGCCGAGGCCGUGCUCGUGAGCCUUCAGUCCCAUGCCGAGGUGCUCUCCACACUCGACGCCGCGCCGUCGCUACAAAUCCGUGGACCCGACCCCACAACCGGCAAGUACACCGUCGCAGGCCUCGAGAAUGAAGAGGCCAAGCUGUUCGUCGCGAGCGUGAGCCCGCAGACACGAGCUAAUCUUGCGGCGGCGUGCGGACCCGGCGUGACGGAGCAGCAGGCCGGCGUGAUGCUGGAGACCUUGCUCCUCGGCGGCAGCGCAGCAGGUCUCGCCAGCGGCGGGCGACACAACAACGGAUUCGCGUGGGUGGUGGACACCAACACCGCGCGGGAGAUGACGCACGUGCUGAGCGCCGAGGAAGUCCUCGCCGACGACAGCAGGCCGACAGCAACAACAACAACACCGGCGAAGAAGCCGAUCCUCGCCUCGUCGUGCCCGGGGUGGGUGUGCUAUGCCGAAAAGACACACCCGCACGUGCUGCCGCACCUCUCGCGCGUCAAGUCGCCGCAGGCCCUCAUGGGCACGCUCCUCAAGACGAGCCUCAGCCAGGCGCUCGGCAUCCCGCCCAGCCGCAUCUGGCACCUGGCCGUCAUGCCGUGCUUCGACAAGAAGCUCGAGGCGAGCCGCGAGGAGCUGACCGACGAGGUCUGGGCGCGGUCGGGCCUGCCGGGCCGCGGCGUGCGCGACGUCGACUGCGUCAUCACGAGCAAGGAGGUCCUCAUGCUGGCCGAGAGCAGGGGUAUGGAUUUCUUCAACAUAUCGCGGGAUGCGCGGCCGGCCAUGCCGCCGUUUCCCGACCCUACGCUACAAAAUUUCCUGUUCCGCCCGGACCAUCCCCUCCAGCCCUCCUCCUCUCCUUCGUCCUCGUUAUCCUCGUCGCAAAAGACCCCUCUCGCUGCUGGCUCGUCCGGCGGUCUUCUUUACCAUAUACUACAGAGUCGAGCCGCACAGACCCCCGGCUCUGAGAUUCAAGUCAUCAAGGGCCGCAACGCCGAUGUCGUCGAGUACGUCGUGGCCGUUGCCGACGAGCCCGUUUUCAAAGCUGCGCGAUACUAUGGCUUCCGCAACAUUCAGAACCUAGUGCGGCGUCUCAAGCCCGCGCGUCCGUCCAAGAUGCCCGGCGGCAAGCCCUUUGGCAGCGCACGCCGGCCGACGGGCGGCAAGUCGCUCGAGUACAGCUAUGUCGAGGUCAUGGCCUGCCCGGGCGGCUGCACCAACGGCGGCGGCCAGAUCAAGGUCGACGACGCCGUCGUCAUGGAGCGCAAGAACCUGUCCAGCAAGCCCGGCCCGCAGGAGCAAAAGGCGUGGUUGGCCGAGGUGGACGAGGCAUACUUUUCGGGCGACGAGUCGUCCUUGGCAGAGAGCGACGGGCCGGCGGCGCCCGACGUCGUCCUCGGCAUCUCACACUCGUACAUAAAUGAUACCCUGGCAUAUUGGUCGGACACGAUCGGCAUUGAUUUACGUAGACUUGCAUUCACCACGUACCGCGAGGUCAUUAGCGAUGUUGGAAAGGCCACCGAGGGGGAACGCGUGGUCCAGCUCGCGGGCAAGAUUGGCGGCGGAUGGUAA